CAACAUGUGUGAAGUUUAUCAAGUUUAAAAAAAGUUACAACAUAAAUAAAUCAAGUUGAAGUGGUCUGAACCCCAUUUGUUUUAGAAAUAUUUUAAGUGUUUUAAGUGCUCUAAAGUUUGUGAAUUGUGUGACAAAGUUACUAAAAAUGAAGUUUAGUAUUGCGACAAUAUUCACGGCACAACAACGUUGCACCUUCCUAAUUUUCACUCAAAUCAAGAAAUGGCAAACAGACCUACCCCAUACCAAAUGGAAGCCUUAGUGGAGUUCCUGGAACAAAACCCAGGAAUAGCACGAGGCCUUCUGCGAACACAGCAGGCCAAAGUGGACACUAAAAGGAAGUGGCAGGAGUUUGCGACUGCCACAAACGCCAUGGGUGGGGUGGUCAAAGAUGGGCAGGCUUGGGCUAAGUAUUGGGCAGAAAAGAAGUCUGCCUUGAAAAAGCUCUGCCAACAGCGGGCUCAGUCUAUGAGGCGCACUGGAGGUGGAUUCGAUGUUGUCCCAGAGCUGUCACUGCUCGAACAAAGAUUAGUGGCGGUCAUGGGUGGUGACUCGUUUGCCACAGGCAGCAGAGGCCUAGCUGUAGAUCCGUUUCCGCAGAGUGAUGUGAGUAUAAUAAAAUAAAAAUAUAAC